AUGUCUCACUCUGCACCAGAAUGGAACCUGACCGCCAUGCAGCGUUACAAAAGAAAUUCAUCCAAGGCUGAGGGUGCAAAGCUGGAGACAACGUUCAUCGGAAAGGAUAGUGCCCAUUUUCUGGGCCAGAACUGGAAGCAUGCUAUGGUCGUGGCCGCCUAUCUCGAUGGGGAAGCACACAUGAGCGGUCAGCCGUUCGACAUCCAUCGUUACCGUAUGGUCAUGUCUGUUGACGUGUAUUGCAAGGGAGUCAAGAACUUUUGGGUAGGACUGUCCAUCCAGCUGUGUCCCGGUCAACACGACAACAAUCUUCACUGGCCUUUCAAGUCGCGCUUUACUUUGACAGUCCAUCACCAGUCUGAUGAGCACAAGGAUGUUUCCAAGACGAUCACGCCGUCCAAUGUUUCACGCCCCGAAACUUCUAAAAAGCCGCACGGGCAGUGUAACCCCAGGUGGGGAGAUACAGAAAUUAUCCGCUUCGUAGACGCUGAAGUAGGCGGAUUUGUGUACGAUGAUUCAAUUUCGGUGUCAGUCAAAAUUCUUCCAGACUGA